AUGGAGGACUAUGCAGCACUUACAUCAGGUUUUUUUGAAUUACAACUCAGAGGAAGAGUAUAUCCAUUACGUUUUCUUAUAUGGGAUCCAUGGUUUAAUCCGGAGGAGGAAACAACAAUUGCAGUAGCAUGGAUCUCUUUCCCUGGAUUACCUACCAAUCUCUUUGAUAAGGAAUCGAUGUUCUCAAUGGCUCAGGCAGUGGGCACACCAUUGGUGGUUGAUAAAGCUACCAAAAACCAAACUAGACCAAGUUGUGCUCGUGUGAAAGUGGAAGUUAAUUUAUUAAAGGAUUUGCCAAAGAGAAUACAUAUAAGUUGUGUAGAUGAGGAGACUGGGGAGAUAAAGUCGAAAUGGCAAAGAAUACAAUACGAUUAUCUUCCCAAAUAUUGCACAAAGUGUAAAUUACAAGGACAUGAUGUGAAUGGUUGCUGGGUUGUUCAUCCAGAAUUUAGGCCCAAAAAAGAAGAUCCAAAGGCAGAUACUACAAAUGUUUCUGAAAAUCCAAAGCAGCAACAAAAUAAGGAUCAGCAAGUCAUUCAAAAGCAAAACAAUGAGCAUAAGAAGGAGACUAAUCAUAAGCAAAAUAAGGAGCACAAAAAGGAGCAUGAUAAAACUGUUAAGUUUAUUCCAAAUGGGAAAAAUUCAAACAAUCAAGGAGACAAUGCUAAGAUGGAAUGGAAUGUGGUACAAAACAAGAAGAAGAAAAUCUUGAAUAAGGAGGAGGUGCAAAGAAUUAAUAAUCAACAAAACAAUUCUGGUGAGAACAUAAAAAAGCAGCAGAUUAAUACAGUCAACAACUUUGAGACACUUACCACAGAGGAAGAGGAUCAAUCCAUUGAAAUAGUUCCUGGACAAGAAGAAAAGAGGACGGAGACUGCAAAACAAUGGGUGGAAGCCUCAUUUGGUAAGACCCAAGAAUCUGCAGUAGAAGUAACUCCUCAGUCAACAGAGGGGAGCAGUUCAAAUAGUAAAAAGGGUAGCAAAGAGGACAAUGAGGAAGGCAGUAGCACCAAUGAAUCAAUCAGCAACAAAGAAAUCAAUGAGGAAAUAAGCAGCAAUAAGAUACAACAGCUGGAGAAUAUGGGGCAGAAAUUCCAAAAUGAUGAUAAGAGGAAGAACAAUGACAAGGAUAAUUCUCAAACACAACAUAUUCAGAAUGAAAUAAUCAGUGCUCCACCUAAAGAUGCAAUGGAAACAAUGAUGGCAGAAAAUAGCCACGAGAAGGAGAAAGUAAUACAUGAUGUUGAUCUGAAUAAAGUUCCGGACAAACCCCCUGAUGAUAUUUGUGAUCUGGCAGCUGGUGAGAUAGAGGGUGUUGAUAAUAUAAAUGAAAAUAAUCAUACACCACCUGAAAAGAAAACAGAAAGGUUAUCAUCAAAUGAAGAAAUGGUGGAGAACUUACUGCAGACUGCCACUGAACACAACAACAAAGAGGAACAAUUGGGCAAAGUGGAAGGUACAAAGGAGCUAAAUCAACUGGUAAUAUCUAAAGGUACUGAUCCUGUAGAACCUUCACCUGCAAAAGAGAAACACAACAACAUUGAUAUUGGUGAUGAUGAUGAGGUAGAAGAUCAUGUCACAAUAAUUGAUAUGCAGCAGGCCAUGAAGAAAGGAGGCAUAUCACCAAGGCACCUACUAAAAAACAAAAAGAAGGCAAACAAGAAACAGACAAAGGAAAAAAGUGUACCCCCAACAAAUAUAGGGGGUGUACAAACAAGGAAAACUACUUCUAAAUCUAAAUGUUCUCAAUGA